UAACCAUUUAAUUGUAAGUUCUAUUCAUGGAUUUCAGCAGCUCCUGUGCCUUGCUAUUAAAUCUUGCUAAUAUUGAUUUCCUCUCUCUAUCACUCUCAGCCAGCAGUGUCUCUCUAUCUCUCAGCCAGCAGUCUCUCUCUAUCACUCUCAGCCAGCAGUCUCUCUAUCACUCUCAGCCAGCAGUCUCUCUCUAUCACUCUCAGCCAGCAGUCUCUCUCUAUCACUCUCAGCCAGCAGUGUCUCUCUAUCACUCUCAGCCAGCAGUCUCUCUCUAUCACUCUCAGCCAGCAGUCUCUCUAUCACUCUCAGCCAGCAGUCUCUCUAUCACUCUCAGCCAGCAGUCUCUCUCUAUCACUCUCAGCCAGCAGUCUCUCUCUAUCACUCUCAGCCAGCAGUGUCUCUCUAUCACUCUCAGCCAGCAGUCUCUCUCUAUCACUCUCAGCCAGCAGUGUCUCUCUAUCACUCUCAGCCAGCAGUCUCUCUCUAUCACUCUCAGCCAGCAGUCUCUCUAUCACUCUCAGCCAGCAGUCUCUCUCUCUCAGCCAGCAGUCUCUCUCUAUCACUCUCAGCCAGCAGUCUCUCUCUAUCACUCUCAGCCAGCAGUCUCUCUCUAUCACUCUCAGCCAGCAGUCUCUCUCUAUCACUCUCAGCCAGCAGUCUCUCUCUAUCACUCUCAGCCAGCAGUCUCUCUCUAGCACUCUCGGUGCUGGCUGGCUGAGGGUGCUGUGACGCGGUGCUGGCUGGCUGAGGGUGCUGUGACGCGGUGCUGGCUGGCUGAGGGUGCUGUGAUUCGGUGCUGGCUGGCUGAGGGUGCUGUGACGCGGUGCUGGCUGAGGGUGCUGAGACGCGGUGCUGGCUGGCUGAGGGUUACUCACUCACCGAGCUCCGGGGGUCAGACCGAGCUGUGACGUCAUCCGUGUGCGCGGCCGCCCCAGACCGGAAGCGGCGUGCUGGGUCUGUCCCCGCACUUCCGGCUCUGUGUGUGCGGCUCGCGGGAGCCAUCGGCAGCCUCUCUCCCAGCGCGAGCCCCGAGCUGCCCUGAGCUGCCCCCACUCCCCGGAGAAGGUGGCGCUGGACACAUGGAAGCCGCUCGGCUGGAGCCCAAUGGCGGGCAGGGGCCCCAUGAUCCCGGGGACACUGCCAUGGAGACCGGGGAUCGGGGGGACAGGGCCCCUGACAGCGGGGAACCCGAGGGGCCCCCUCAUACAGGGCCCGGGGGCGGUGAGGGGGCCCCUACUGCAGGGACCUGGAGCAAUGAGGGCCCCAGGGAUGCAGGGGUCAGGUCCAUCGAGGGCCCCAGGGAUGCAGGGGUCAGGUCCAAUGAGGGCCCCAGGGAUGCAGGGGUCAGGUCCAAUGAGGGCCCCAGGGAUGCAGGGGUCAGGUCCAAUGAGGGCCCCAGGGAUGCAGGGGUCAGGUAUACUGAGGGCCCCAGGGAUGCAGGGGUCAAGUCUACUGAGGGACCCAGGGAUGCAGGGGUCAGGUCUACUGAGGGCCCCAGGGAUGCAGGGGUCAAGUCUACUGAGGGACCCAGGGAUGCAGGGGUCAGGUCUACUGAGGGCCCCAGGGAUGCAGGGGUCAGGUCUACUGAGGGACCCAGGGAUGCAGGGGUCAGGUCUACUGAGGGCCCCAGGGAUGCAGCGGUCAGGUCUACUGAGGGCCCCAGGGAUGCAGGGGUCAGGGAUGCUGGGUCCAGGGAUACAGAGACCAGGUCCAUUGAGGGGCCCAGGGAUGCAAGGGCCACUAAGGGGUCAAAUAGCACAGACACCAGCAACAGGGAGGGGCCCGGGACUCUUGGGACCAGGAGCUAUGAGGGGCCCAGGGAUUCGAGGACCAGCACCUGUGAGGAACUUAAACCUCCAGGGUGUAGGAGCCAUGAAACCUCCCAUUCUACCAGGGCAGAUGCCGAAAACCAAUGGGCUGCCAGGUCCACUAACUCCGAGGGGCCCCAUUCUUCCAAGUCCAAUGGGAAUGAGGCCUCCAUUACUAGUGGGACCAGCAGCAGUAAGGAGCCCUAUUUUGGGAGGACCAGUAUCAGCCAGAAACUCGCUGGCACAGAAUCCUAUUCAGGGCCCAAUGAUGGGGAUGGGUCCAAUGACACCAAGGACAACACUGAGGGGCACACUGAUGUCAGGAUCACAGACUCCUUUAAGAUGCCCACCAUUCCUGCCCGCUCAAGUGGGAAUGAAAAGACAGUGGAACAACGAGACAAACCAGCAACCUCACACAUUUCUCCCUCACUUGGCAUUAGAGGCACCGCUAGGGAAACGUCCACGGAUGUCAGCCACAGGCUUCCCUCUGAUGCCUACCGAACCUCGCCUGCCAUUCCCUAUCGGGAGCCUUCCUGGUCCGGGCAGCCCCAGGCCCUUUACAACCUGGAGAUGUUAAAAAAUGGUAAUAUUGUAUCCACUAAAAGUCUGAAUGAACUGGACUGGAUAGUUUUUGGCAGGCUACCUUCAUGCCACAUUUCUUUGGAGCAUCCCUCUGUUUCUCGUUUCCAUGCUGUGCUGCAGUACCGUCAGAUUCCAGGUACUGAACCAGAUCAAGAACCUGGCUUCUAUAUUUAUGAUUUGGACAGCACCCAUGGGACAUAUUUAAACAAGCAGAGAAUACCGCCUAAGACAUAUUGCCGUUUUCGAGUGGGUCAUAUGGUUAAAUUUGGUGGUAGUACACGACUGUUCGUCUUACAGGUAAAAAAAAAUACAUUUUAUUACAAAGGUAUACAUUAAUGAGAUGUUAUCAUUAGUAAAAUCACUGUAAUUACUUUUUUCACUAAAUUGGAAUCAUGGAGAAUUGACAACAGAAUGCAAAUUUAAGAUAAAAUUGCCUAACUAGAAAACUAGCUGAAUCUUUUUUGUAGUGUUUUUCCCACUAGUUUUGCUGUGUCUUCUCAAAAAAAAAAAAAAAAUAGCGUCAUUCUUGAUAAUUCAGUGUACCUGAUACGUCCGCGGCACAUUUGAUUGCUUCCAGCCACUGUAAGGGUAUUGCAGCGAUGUCGAGGUAUCCUGCAAUUACCCCCCUCAUAGUCGGGCCGCCGAUACUCUGCCUGUCUGCUGAGGGGUCGAGGCACUCAGUAAAAUAAAUUAAAUACAUUCUAAAAAAAUAAAUAACUUAAACCCACCCCAGGACCACGGACGCACCUAGUACGUCCAAGGUAAUCUUAUGUACUUACGUGAUCGCUGCCAUUGCACAUACAAAAUAAAUAUAUCAGAUAAUGAAGAUUACUUUAUAAGCUGGUAGACAUUAUACAAAUGAUAUCAUUUAAAAAUUUCUCCAUACAAGUUCCUAAGGGAUGUUGUAUUUAGGGAUCGACCGAUUAUCGGUCUGGCCGAUAUUCGGUAUUUUCGGCAAUAUCGGUGUCGGCCAAUUCAGAUACCGAUAUUGCCGAUAAUACAUAACAGGACCGCCGGGCCCAUUAUAAGCCCAGCGGUCCUGUUGGGGGCCAGCAGCAAGCGUUUACUUACCUCCCAGCAGCUCCUCCAGCUCCCCUGUGUAAGUAUUGCGAGACCCGCGGCCGUCAGAGCGUUGCCACGGGUUACCAUGGCAACGCUCCGCGCGGCACGCUGGCUGCGAGAUUUACACAGAGGAGCUGCUGGGAGGUAAGUAAACGCUUGCUGCCGGCCCCCACUGCUCAGUACACGCCACUGGACCACCAGGGAUUAACAUAUCCCCCCUCCCUGGCCAGGCAACAAGCAGGGAGGGGGGACUAAAAAAUAAAUAAUAAUAAUUAAAUAUUUAAAAAAAUGUUUUAAUAAAAAAUGCCCCCUCAAUUACAUGCACUACGCAAACACACUGCAUUAUAUAAACACACUACACAAACACGCUGUAUAUAAUGCAGUUUGUGUAGUGUGUAUAUAAUGCAGUGUUUGUGCAGUGUGUUUAUAUAAUGCACACUACACAAACACUGCAUUAUAUAAACACACUGCAUUAUAUAAACACACUACACAUACUGUGUAUAUAAUGCAGUUUGUGUAGUGUGUACAUAAUGCACACUGCAGUAUAUACACACACUAUACAAAUAAACACACUGCAUUUACUAUACACACAAAUACACACUCUUUGCAUUUAGUAUAUAAAGCAUUCACUUUACGCACACUGCAUUCACUAUACACACACGACACAAACACUCUGCAUUCAUUAUAUACACACUACACAAAUACACACUGCAUCCACUACACAAACACACACUGCAUCCACUACACAUGGCAUGUAUAUUUUGUGCCUUUACCUUUAGAAAUAGUUUUGGUUUUUUUCAAAAUGGUAAAUGUACAGAAUAUUGGUACGUUACCGGCUAUCGGCCUAAAAGUUCACAGAAUAUCAGUAUCGGCUCUCAAAAAUCAAUAUUGGUCGAUCCCUAGUUGUAUUUCUGAAAAGGUUCGGUAUCCUGAGACUUUAGGUUGUGUGUCUGACUGUCCCUGAUGAAAAGGAUACUAUAGUACUAGGAUUACAAAGUUGUAUUCCUAGCACUAUAGCUCCAUCACACCCUGCAAGAGUUACUAAAACCCUUGUUGUACAUACCCAAUUCCAGGCUUCACACACACUCAUAGAGCCAGUUGUAAAAUAACACACAUUUGAUUUAAAGCUAAAUGUGCCGUCCUUUAAACAUCAUGCAUUUUAAUAAUGCAUCCUAACUUUCCAAGGGUUGAGAUUGAGGGUUGGUACUGUAAUACACAUACUAUGGGUGGUUGAUGGAUCCACGUUGUGUGAGCUGACCCAUGAUUUUCAGAUCCUGCAAGCUGGCUAUAUUUGCAAAGGUGUGAUUUAGAUUAUGCAUUGGCCAAGACUCCAGAUGUUGUGGACUGCAUCUCCCAUAAUGCUCUCACAGCUGUUAGCAAAGCAUGACGUAAGAUGUAGUCCACAUCAUCUGGAGUGUCGAAGGCUGCCGACCCUUGAUUUACAUUGUUACUAAUAUAAGUCAAUGGGACCUGAUGGAAUACACCCAAAGCUAUUAAAAGAGCUUAGUGGUGUACUAGCAAAACCAUUAACCGAUUUAUUUAACCAAUCAUUGUUAACAGGAGUAGUCCCAGAAGAUUGGAAGUUAGCGAAUGUUGUUCCCAUUUACAAGAAAGGUAAUAGGGAGGAGUCGGGCAACUAUAGGCCAGUAAGCCUUACUUCAGUAGUGGGGAAAGUGAUGGAAACCAUGUUAAAGGAUAGGAUUGAUGAACAUCUAAAAACACAUGGAUUUCAAGAUCAGAGACAACAUGGGUUUACUUCAGGGAGAUCAUGCCAAACUAAUCUUAUUGAUUUUUUUGAUUGGGUAACUAAAAUUAUAGAUCAGGGUGGUGCAGUAGACAUUGCUUAUCUAGAUUUCUGUAAGGCUUUUGACACUUGCACAUAGAAGGCUUAUCAAUAAACUGCAAUCUUUAAGUUUGGAUUCCAAUAUUGUUGAAUGGGUAAGGCAGUGGCUGAGUGACAGGCAACAGAGGGUUGUAGUCAAUGGAGUAUAUUCGAAGCAUGGUCUUGUCACCAGUGGGGUACCUCAGGGAUCUGUACUUGGACCCAUACUCUUUAAUAUUUUUGUUUGUGAUAUUGCAGAAGGUCUUGAUGGUAAGGUAUGUCUUUUUGCUGAUGAUACUAAGAUAUGUAACAAGGUUGAUGUUCCAGGAGGGAUAAGCAAAAUGGCAAAUGAUUUAGGUAAACUAGAAAAAUGGUCAGAAUUGUGGCAACUGACAUUAAAUGUGGAUAAGUGCAAGAUAAUGCAUAUUGGACGUAAAAACCCAAGGGCAGAGUACAGAAUAUUUGAUAGAGUCCUAACCUCAACAUACAAGGAAAGGGGUUUAGGGGUGAUUAUUUCUGAUGACUUAAAGGUAGGCAGACAAUGUCAUAGAGCAGCAGGAGAUGCUAGCAGAAUGCUUGGUUGUAUAGGGAGAGGUAUUAGCAGUAGAAAGAGGGAAGUGCUCAUGCCAUUGUACAAAACACUGGUGAGACCCCACUUGGAGUAUUGUACACAGUACUGGAGACCGUAUCUUCAGAAGGAUAUUGAUACUUUAGAGAGAGUUCAGAGAAGGGCUAGUAAACUGGUUCAUGGAUUGCGGGAUAAAACUUACCAGGAAAGGUUAAAGGAUCUUAACAUGUAUAGCUUGGAGGAAAGACGAGACAGGGGGGAUAUGAUAGAAACAUUUAAAUAUAUAAAGGGAAUCAACACAGUAAAGGAGGAGACUAUAUUUAAAAGAAGAAAAACUACCACAACAAGAGGACAUAGUCUUAAAUUAGAGGGACAAAGGUUUAAAAAUAAUAUCAGGAAGUAUUACUUUACUGAGAGGGUAGUGGAUGCAUGGAAUAGCCUUCCAGCUGAAGUGGUAGAGGUUAACACAGUAAAGGAGUUUAAGCAUGCGUGGGAUAGGCAUAAGGCUAUCCUAACUAUAAGAUAAGGCCAGGGACUAAUGAAAGUAUUAGAAAAUUGGGCAGACUAGAUGGGCCGAAUGGUUCUUAUCUGCCGUCACAUUCUAUUUUUAAAAACAACAUUGUCAACCAACACCGUCAUGAAUGGCACGUACAGGUAAAUUUAACAGUCAGUGUAACAUGUACGUAGCCUGAAUUCUGUUCUGUUGCCCCGUUCUCAGUCUAGUCUCAUUUAUUCAGGGACCAGAAGAUGACCAGGAAGAAGAAUCUGAACUUACAGUUACUCAGAUAAAGGAAGCUCGUAGACAAAAGGAGAGCCUUCAGAGGAAAAUGUUAGGAGAUGACUCCGAUGAGGAAGACGUAACAGAGGAAACCGAGAAGAGCAACGAAUCGACAAGUUCUGGGCAAGAUGCUGGUUGCAUGUGGGGAAUGGGUAAGCAGAAACAUUGAUUGUGUUUUUUUUUUACUCCUGGGCCACAUACAUUGAGGUUUUUAUUCCACUAUAAAAGUCCCUGAAUCCAUCUGCCUAUCCUCUAAAAACAGCUGCACCGAUUGUUUACAACUGAAUUGUGCUGAAUGUCUUCUGUUUCAUUUGUAACAUCAUAUUUGGAUGUGCUCUCCAGGGCAUACUUGGAAACAUUUUAUAAAUAAAUUUUAAAAAUUGUCCUGGGACAUUGUUCACAAGGCCAAUAACGUGAGCCUUCUUUUGAGUUGUGUUUAAUGGACUAAGUGUGAAAUACACCUGGUGAAGAAAAAAAUGUUUUUUAUAUUUGUGUUUUACUGGUCAAACUGAUGACAAAUGCGUAUAUUGCAUUAUAAGAUCUGCUGUUCUAGACAAAUCAUAGCAAUGCAUUACCAUAAAUUCAGACCCUUUCAGGGUCUCUGUACCUAAUCUUGCCACUUUUUAUGUAGAUUAAAAAUUUCUGCUAUUUCUUUCCAAUGUGUGUAGUGUUUCCCUUUACUGUAUAUUGCCUCGUGACUUGGCUUUCUGGGAGUUGUAGGUCAGCUGUGUCUACUAAAGAAAGUUAACUGAAUUAGAUCUCUAUGCUUUGACUCCAGAAAGCAAAGCGUACGGAAUAAGUCCAGGAGCUUUCUGGGAAUUCAGUGGGUGCCAUGAUAUAAACUAUUCUUCCUUGUGUUACAGGGGAUGAUGCCAUUGAAGAAGACAACGAUGAAAAUCCGAUUGCGAUGGAAUUUCAGGAAGAAAGAGAAGCUCUUUACAUGAAGGAUCCUAAGAAAGCACUAAAGGGUUUCUUUGAAAGAGAAGGUUUGUGUUUGAAAUGUGUUUGUGGGGUGAGGUAAAGGGGGUUAUGGACAUCCCAAGGAGUUUAAUAUGCCUUACAGUAAUAUGUCUAGGAAGUGAUAUAUAAUAUUUCUCAUGUAUUUGUGUCUGCCUUAAUGUCUUGCUAUGGAGAAUGCCGAUAUAAUGGGCUUCCUGUCUUUGUAUCAUCCAGGGGAGGAGUUGGAAUAUGAAUAUGAAGAUCGAGGACUUUCCAUUUGGCUUUGCCGAGUCAGGUAUGUAUUGCAUUGCUGUUUAUGGGGGAUUAUUUAGACAGAGCAAUGGCCCUCACUUUCUUUUGAAAACUCUUUCAGUUUUAUUUCACAUUUGUGGGAGUUGUCACUCAGCUCGCAGCUAUUUUUUUUAAGUAUAAAGAUAACUUGGCAGAAUGAAUGCUGUACACAGAGAACUUUGAAAUCUGUCAGUCAGCCCUUCUCUUCUCACUGGCUACCAAAUAAGAGAAUAUAAAGCAACUCAUUGUAGUGGUUACAGGAAAGGGAGGCUACAGGUUGCUCCCUUUUAUUUUUGUCACACCAUAUUUUGAGAAACAAAAUGACAGGGAAUUUUAAGGGAAUGGCAUAGACAAAAAUAUUUGAACUGGUUUAAUAAUCUUUUUGUUUUAAUAAUUUUAGUUUUAUAAAGCACCCAUACAGGUACUCCUGAAAGUGACUUUAUAUAAAUAAUACCUUUAAAAAUGCAAAAUCAACCAAUCCAAAAUAAGGAACUCCCAUCUGAAUUGCUAUAUUUGCAAUCAUUUCUCAGGUUUUAUACGUCUUCAAUUAAAGGAACACUGUAGAUACUGUGAUUAUAGUGUGUGUGAAGCCUCCUAGCGCUGUUCCUUCGUUCAGUGUUAAACCAUGUUUGACCAUAGCUCCGCCUCCACUGGAGGUGUGGCCAAGGCAGAGAUUACAUACUUCUAGCCAUACGCAUUCAUACCUAAAUGGGUGACUGUGAUAGGCUGAAAGCGGUCGGCUGACACUAUCAGCCAAUCACAGACAUUCAUUGUUGUUCAGGCUACUGCUUCCUCAUUAACCCAAAUAGCACAGAGGGUAAUGUAAUGUAACAUUGCUCCUAAUGUGUUUGAAUUGCCCCUUUAUCUCCAUCUACAGACAGUGGGGGGAAAUGAAAGUCAGACGUGGUAAUAUACUUCCUAUCCAUGCAGCUUGAUUAAUGUGUCUUAUUGUAUAGAUUAGUUACAGAUGUAUCACACAUACAUAUAGUAACCAGCAAGGAGGAGGAGGGGGAGAUGGCAUUAGUAUGCAGGAUGCUACAAAAUGUGUUUAUAUGCAAAAACUAUAGAAAUGUAGGAAUGCAAAAAAUACAGAUAAUCAUUUUAGACCAACGCUAUAAAACUCAUUAGACCUGUUGGUGCUAAGAGGUAUUUUUAUAUAUAAAUUGUGAUAGCUGGGAUUUAUAGGGAAUCUCUAAGCACCAAAAUAAUUCAUCUUAGUGAAGUGGUUUUGAUGCAUAGACCCGGUCCCUGCAGGCUUGCUGGUAACCAUUGUUUGUAUUUGGCUAUAAACACCCCUCUAGUUACUGGCAUGCCCCAUAGCUCCCCAAUGCAAAUAGGAGACAUAAUCUAAAGUAACUGAAAAACCACACUUAGAAUAAAUACAGAGAGGAAACACAGGGCUGCGGCUGUCCUAUAACAUCCAGACGUUUUGUUCAUAAACCACUACGACUGAUCUCCGUCACCCCUUGAUUGGAGGCACCCUGGUGACCACAAAGACACUACUCAAUCAGCCCCUUCCUACCAUCUAGCAACACUGCACUCUUGGCAGCAUCCUUGUUGAGUUGGCACGGUAGAGAUUGUAGACUAGUUUAUUGAAUUUAAAGCCUUUGUCCUCCACCCACCUUUCAAACCGGUUGGGGUUAUCCCGGUCCAGGGAGUCCCCCUGCAUCUAAUGGCAUAUAUUCCAAUAUGCGACCAACGUGACCUGUGACGGACAAGAUGGCACCAUCUGUGGCCUUCUCAUCAUAUCCAAAUGGUACUCUAAGCAAGCUUGACCAUAUUUUUGAGUUGUUUCUAUGCCAGAUUCCGCAUAGGAGAACACAACCAGUGUAGCAUUCUGGUUGCCGGAUCAAAAGAGAGAGCGUCUCUAAGCAAGCUAAUACUAUGCAGGGUUGGCGGCUACAAGUCCUGUAACUCAAUAGAGCUUCAGAUACAGUUCAUCUAUAAAAGAAAGUUAUGGCUUCGACUUGCCUACCAGCUCUGGUUGUCUCUGGAUUGGGACUUGAGUGUAACGAUACUUAGCAGUGGUCCACAGUGUAUCAUUCAUCCUUAUACCUGCUUUGCAGAAUGGCAUCUUCUUCUUAAAGUUGAUCCAUAGCCACGCAGCCAUAAUGUCUUCUCUUGCCUGGUUCAGCACCUCUGGCGACAGUCCAGCACUGUUGCUUGCCCUAAGGAUGGGUACUGGCUGAUUGUCCACUGCAGAUUGAGUAUUGCCCAUUGUUUCAUGUCUGCGUGUACUCCCGUGUUCCUCUGCUUUGUUUUAUGAUGUCUUUUAUUUGCUAUUUCCGGUUGUAGCUAUUCUGCAUAUGUAUGAUUUGUUUGUUUUGUUGUUGUGCAUUACACCUAUAUGCCUUCAUACACAAUGUAUAUUUAAUGGGAGCGAGAUAUAAAUAAAAAUUUACGAAAACAAAAUCUAUUCAGUAUGUUUAACUUUAUAUUGUUAAUUUAAAUCACAGUGCUGACCAAGUCGCUAUCAAAUGUAUUGAUCAUAUAAUACACAGACUAGUCUCCGCACUAUUACAUUUAUUGAACCAGUGAGUGAGUUGCAUGAAAAACUGGAAUAUUUUUUUCAUUCUCGUUGUACACUGUCCAAUUCCUGAUGGUCAGCUUCAAAUACUAAUGGUGUUUGACUUACACCUCCAGUUUAAUAUUUUGGGUUUAUUGUUGUCAAGACCUAACAUUCCCAGCUGGUUUCACCCUGUGACGUGUUUACCAUGUGCAUUGUUAAUAAGAUACCAUGAACUCAUUCUACCUUCAUUGUGAAACGCACAGGCUGCCUGCGGAUGAUUCCUCUGGGAAGCAACUGGUAGCUGAGGUUGUGCACACAGGGAAGAAAAAAGAUGCCUCCAAAGUGUGUGCGUUGGAAGCUUGUCGAAUGUUGGAUAUGAGAGGCUUGUUCCGGCAGGAAGCAGGUUAGUAGAAACACUACUGUGCCAGAAAUAUGAGUGUGAAUCCAGCAGCAAGGCAGAUCAGGGAGAGGCUUUGUGUACACUGCACAUAAAUCUGCAUUCUCACAAUUAUGUAUAGUCAUAAUAUAUUUAACAAACAGAAGAGUCGCUAUACUUGCAGAAGUGGAGGGGGCACAUCAUUCAUCUGACUGGCAAGAUCAAAUAACACCUCACUGGGCUUUUUAACCCAGUCACGUGGGGUUUUGACAAUCAUUUAAAGCCAUUUGUGGUAUAUCCAAUCUGACCAUUUGUUCAACUAAAAGCUCUUUAUUUUUUUAUUAUUGGCAGCAUUGAUUUUGCUUGUUCAGCACAUUAAGGUGUCCGUUACAUUCCCCUUCGAACAUGUACACAGUACUGGUCUCUAACACUUCUUCUGGUUGGCAGCUUUUGUAUCUGCAAGUCUUUCUGCAAACAGCGUGUCUGUCCGUCCUUUAAAGAUCAGGUUACCUAUGCUAACUAACUCUCCUGUAGGAAAGAAGUCCCCUAUUAUUGUAUUUUGGUAAAAUGUAAAUUAAAACCCAUAGUUUGGUAUAUAACUUGUUGAUUGGGAGAUCAAAAACAUAAUUUCUGGUCUAUAAAACCUGGUUCUUAACAAAGUGAGUUUAUUGGAGAGUAAAGGAACACUUCAACGCUCUCAAUACCUAUCUGGCAUAACUCUUUAACUAUAAUCUAUAACUGGUUAGUAUAAGCUGUGUACUAUUUACAGCUCCUAUUAUCAGCGAAUAAAAAGUUAUACACAACAAGUUGAUGCCUUUGGGAAGCAUCUUCACCUUAAAAUUUUAUAUAUAUUUGUUUGGUGUGUUAAAGUUUACACAUGCAGUAUUGGAGGUGAGGCAAGACAAGAGCAGAGGGAAUUUGUUGAUAUUGGGGAUAAUGCAGAAGAGGGCAGUGGCGAGGUGGUGUAAGGUGUUGAAUUGGUCAUUUUGCAGUUCUCUGCUUUUCUUUAGUUUCACGGAAAAGGAAAUCGAAACAGUGGGAAGCUGAGGAUUUCUAUGACAGCGAUGAUGACACUUUUCUAGACCGUACUGGGGUGGUAGAAAAGAAAAGACUCCAUCGCAUGAAAAAGGCUGGAAAGAUUGAGGAGAAGGCAGAAACCUAUGACUCCUUGGUAAGGGAACGUGGAAGCCAUCAGAGACUAUUUCUGAAUCUUGCAAGGAAUUUUUGUUGUUUUUUUAGUAAUAGCUUAAAGGAACACUAUAGGGUCAGGAACACAAACCUGUAUUCCUGACUCUGUAGUGUUAAAAACACUAUCUUCCCCCCUCCCUCCCCCUAAAUAUUGUAAAAUCUUAUCUUUAUUCCAGUCUGCUGCUGCUGGCUCAGCCCCUCAUCUGCCUCCUUGGUCGACAUCAACAGAAGUGAUAAUCUCAGGCAAUCACAAUGCUUUGGAUUGGCUGAGAUUGUCAAUUCUGAUGAUCUCAGCCAAGGAGGUGGGCCGGGAGUGCAGCUAGAGGCCGCCCUGGCCGAUUAGCAUCAUUGAAUCAUGCAUAUCUAUGAGGAAAGUUCAGUGUCUCCAUGCAGAGGGUGGAGACACUGAAUGUGUGCAGCACUGACCCAGGAUGGACCUCUAGUAGCCAUCUGAGGAGUGGCCAUUGGAGGUGUCCCUAGGCUGUAAUGUAAGAAAAAUGUUUUCUUAAACACAUUUUUUAAUUAAAUAUUUUUUAAACUCUUGCUAAACAUUGAGGGGUUGCUGUUUUUUGUUUUAAUCCAGGUUGCUAAAUUAGCUAUCGUAGAGAAGGAGGUAGCGGAAAUAGCUUCAAAACUGAAAACAUCGCGAACAGGUAAUUCAGCUCAUGGCACUCAGUGUUCCUGAUCACUGCUUUCUCAGAGGGUGUUACUCACUAAAGCAGACACUGCAUUAAUUUUUUCUUUUUAAACCAACAAGCAAACAUCUUUAAACAAAUAUAAAAACCAAAAUAAAGCAAGAGAAACUUUUAAAAAUAUGUAAUAAACAGUUAUAAACGUGGUCAGAUUGCAUUACUGGCCAUGCCUCUCAGCUAGGGGGGUUUCAUCAACCUACCUCUAACCUAUCCAGCUCAGAAAGAGAGCAUCAUUGUGCAGCACAAACCCAACAUGGAGCUUGCUCUUCAUUGUAACACCGAUCACACCCCCUCUCUUCUCACCCUAUCAGGAUGUUGCAAGAUGAAGAGAUCUUCCAACUGCACUUGUGUAAACCUGUCAGGCAUGCCCAGUGCACUUUUCCAGCAUUCCUAGGGAUCGGACACUGAUUGGUUAGAUCAUUGUCCCUUCGGGAGUGGGUGUGGAAAACAUGUGCAUUGAUUCAAUGCAUCUCUAUGAGGAGAUGCUGAUUUCUGCAGGGCUGUGUUUUGCUGCGCCAUGCACAAUAGAGUCCAAAAGCAUUGGAUUGGCUGAGAUCAUCAAAUCUAAUUAUCUCAGCCAGAGAGUUGGAACGGGGGCAGAGCCGCAAGUAGACCCUUGCAGUGCUGGAAUAAAGGCAUGAGAGGUGGCACUAUCCUCUUCCUUUAGCGCUUUUGAAUGAUACAUUUGUCUCAAAAUGAGGCAUGUCCCUUUAAAUUGGGGAACUGGAACAUUUUUUCAGCUUAGCUAUUUUGGUCUUAAAUUUCCAAUUCCUGUCCAAGGCAUCUUAACUAAGCAAUCUCUUUCUAUAAUGUUACUUGUGUAUGUAUGUAAUUUAAAGAACAACUAAAGGCACCCAGACAUUACAUCUUAAUGAAGUGGUCUGGAGGCAGUGACUAUGUAGCUUUAUCCCAGCAAUGUAAAACAUUGCAGUGUUAUGAUUGCAGGGUUAACACACCUGUCAGAGUUUGCUGUCAAUCAAAUGCUGCUCCAGAGAGCAUUUGAUUGGCGCAGCACAGAGAUUUAACUGCAUGCACAGUCAUGCACUAGCCUCACAAUGCUUCUCUGUGGGGAAGCAUGUUAUUGGGUCAUUAAGAUUGAUGAUCUCAGCGUAUUUGUUCCUCAAAAUAAAGACUUAAUAAUGUCCUUAGCUGCAGCUGUGGUGGUUUAUUUUUUCACUAUGGAUUCACUGUCCUUUUUGCUCCCUCCCAAACCACCCAGAUGAAGCACACUCGAGUGGACAGGGUGAUUCCCUUGAUGCGUUUAUGACUGACAUCAAAUCAGGGGUCGCCUUGGAUGCCGUGACCCGCAAGAAGCUUCACCUGCAAUCAUUUGAGCUGAAGAAGGAGCAAGAACGACUGAAGGGACUAAUAAAGAUUGCACAGCCCACCAGACUGCCAGAUCUCAUGUAAGAUUACUGUGUGGCACCCUCCAGCUUGCCUUCUGGGGGAAGAGUUAGGGGGUCUAUCUCUGUGUGCAUUCUUACUGUGUGGCACUCUACGGCUUGCCUUAUCGGAAGGAGUUAGGGGGUCUAUCUCUGUGUGUACAUGCUAGAGUAUGUAUCUGGAGCACAUCUGAAUGCUACAAGAGUUGUAUUUAAUUUUUUUCCUUUUUGUUUCACUUGCAGUACACCAACACAAGAGUCAACAGCAAAGAAGAUAACAUUGCCAAUGUUUGGUGCAAUGAAAGGGGGCAAAAAAUGUAAACUGAAAACUGGAACUGUUGGGGUAAGUGUUCUUAUUGUUACUGUGUCUGGGUUUGUAGGUUUUGUUCACUUUUGAAAAUGGUUUGCAAUGUUAUUUUAGAAAGAAAAUUAAUACAACCGUGUAUUCCACAGACACUGCCUCCGAAACGUGCAGACCUUCCAGCUAGGUUCUUUGCUACAAAGGAUGACAGUAACCAGCCAGUGGUGGAAGAAGAGGAGGAGGAAGAUGACGACCUGCAGAAACACACGAAAGAAAGCCAAACUCUUCUGGAUUCUGGCAAAGAACAGACUGCUCAUGAAGACAGUGAAAUAAGAAGCUCUCCAGACACACCUAGUCCUCUCCAGCCCCCACAUGGUAACAAAACCACUUUUUGGAUCCGAUUCGAUUUCCUCUGAAUGUAAUUUUAAACAGCGAUGUUACCUCAUUCGACUUAUCUCACUGUGUUUAUACACAAUGGCCUGAUUUCAGCACAUUUCUGUGUGCUGUGCCUUUAAGUUGACAUAAUUCAACCCUAAACUGUGAAUUGUCAUUGUUCAACAGCUUUUAUGCAAUUUUGUGAAAAGUAGGUUAAAAAAAGUGUGUUAGUUGAUGUGCCUUAUUCUAAACACAUAACUUUAAGAAUAAUUUUAUAGGCAGUAAACCUCUUUUUAAUGCUUCUUAAAAGUGUUUGGUUAGCUCUGUGCUCAAACUCCCAUUAAUCUUGGGUGGCAGCAAUGGUUAUAGAAUUCAUCAGCUCAGAUAGAUGAAUCAAAACCAAAAAAGAAAAAUCAUCUGUGCACAAUGAAAAAAAAUAAACUUUUUUUUUUUUUUUGGUACCACUGCAAUGGCCAUUAAAGUGUAAGCUUAUCUGCAGCAUCGCGUAAUGUCUGAGUAAUUGAUCAGAUAGACCCAAAUUAUUUUCCAUUUUGUGAUUUCAUCUGACAAUGAGAAGCUUGCCCUCUGACUGCUGUGUAUCAAUGUGAUGUGUGAAGAUGCAUGCAGAUUAUCCACUGUUUGGACUUUUAAUCUUUUGUUAGACACAAACUGUCAGAGGGUGCCUUUCUUACUAAAUGUGAUUUGAUUGUUUAUCCAUUAAACAUCAAAUUGUAGUUAAUUGCAAUCAAAAUUGUAAGCUUAGGCUAUAAAAGACAAGUUAUGUAUCUCCUUUUUUAGACUAAAUUGGUGUUACUUUAAAGGGACACGCCGCACACACAAAGCAUUUCAGUUUGCUGAUGUGCUUUAUAUGUCUGGAGCCGGUUAUAUUUGUGACAGUAUUAAAGUGCCAAUAUCAAUAGAAAUCUGCACUUUUACAAUUGUGGGCUGGAACUCCGGGGCUGCUCAGUGGAGCUAACGGAAUGGGCAGGCUCACAGGCUAGCUCACACCUGCCUUCCUUCUUCUCCCUGGCUGCUCAGUGGAGCUAACGGAACGGGCAGGCUCACAGUGCUAGCUCACACCUGCCUUCCUUCCUUCUCCCUGGCUGCUCAGUGGAGCUAACGGAACGGGCAGGCUCACAGUCUGCUCACCUGCCUUCCUUCUCCCUGGCUGCUCAGUGGAGCUAACGGAACGGGCAGGCUCACAGUGCUAGCUCACACCUUCUCCUUCUCCUUCUCCCUGAGCCUAGCUCACAGUGCUCAGAGCUAACGGAACGGGCAGGCUCACACAGCUGCUAGCUAACGGAACGGGCAGGCCACAGUGCUAGCUCACACCUUCCUUCCUUCUCCCUGGCUGCUCAGUGGAGCUAACGGAACGGGCAGGCUCACAGUGCUAGCUCACACCUGCCUUCCUUCCUUCUCCCUGGCUGCUCAGUGGAGCUAACGGAACGGGCAGGCUCACAGUGCUAGCUCACACCUGCCUUCUUUCCUUCUCCCUGGCUGCUCAGUGGAGCUAACGGAACGGGCAGGCUCACAGUGCUAGCUCACACCUGCCUUCCUUCCUUCUCCCUGGCUGCUCAGUGGAGCUAACGGAACGGGCAGGCUCACAGUGCUAGCUCACACCUGCCUUCCUUCCUUCUCCCUGGCUGCUCAGUGGAGCUAACGGAACGGGCAGGCUCACAGUGCUAGCUCACACCUGCCUUCCUUCCUUCUCCCUGGCUGCUCAGUGGAGCUAACGGAACGGGCAGGCUCACAGUGCUAGCUCACACCUGCCUUCCUUCUCCCUGGCUGCUCAGUGGAGCUAACUAACGGUGGGCAGGCUCACAGUGCUAGCUCACACCUGCCUUCCUUCUCCCUGGCUGCUCAGUGGAGCUAACGGAACGGGCAGGCUCACAGUGCUAGCUAACACCUGCCUUCCUUCCUUCUCCCUGGCUGCUCAGUGGAGCUAACGGAACGGGCAGGCUCACAGUGCUAGCUCACACCUGCCUUCCUUCUCCCUGGCUGCUCAGUGGAGCUAACAGAACGGGCAGACACACACGCCUGUCUUCCUUCUUCCAGGCUGAUCAAUGGAGCUAACGGAAGGGGCAGACGCACAGUGCUAGCUCACACCUGACUUCCUUCUCCCUGGCUGCUCAGUGGAGCUAACGGAACGGGCAGGCACACAGUGCUAGCUCACGCCUGACUUCCUUCUCCCUGGCUGCUCAAAUUUAGCAGUCUUCUGAAAUGAAAUAUUUCUGUGAAAACUGGUCGAAUUUACUGUGGCAUUCGCUUCUUAGAUCAAUUUUGGAACUCUUUAAGAAAUACAAUCAAAAUAGAACGUAACCAUCACUUUUCCGAACACUUUGAUAAAUGAUCUCAUUUGUGUGGCUGCACCCUCCACCUCCCCAUCUCCCAGUGAGGCGCUAAAGUGCAUCCACAGCUGUGCCUCUUGUGCUGUUAGUGUUACUGGAUAAAGGGAUCUUUUGUGAAUGUUUUAAUCUAUGUGAUGUUUUUUCCAGUACAAUUUAUAAACUAAAGGUACAAAUACCUGACAGUGAACAGUUUUUAGAGAACACAUAAAUAUGAUUUGUUUUUUCCAGCUGCAGAAACAGAAGACAGAGAGGAAAAGUUGAUCUUUCAAGGACUAAAGAAUGAUGUCAGAAGUUCAGACCCUAAAGAUGAUCUUCAAGGUGUUAGCGACUGCAGAUCAACAGGUAAUGGGGUCAUAAACCGGUGAUUAGAUGUCUACUGUGUCGCCUUACAUCAGUGUCUUAAAAGCUAAAUUUCUAAAGAUACUGAUUUUUGUUUUGUUUUGUUAAAUCCCAGAAUUGAAAGAGGAGAAAAAAACAAAUGUUGCAAAGCAGAAGAAGGUGCAAGGUCCAAGCAGAGUAAGUAAAACCUGCUUUUAUGGCAGCUGCUGUCCGGGUUACCAUGGUUUAGGUCCCUUAAUGCUGAUUGAUUUGUUUAACUCUCUGCUUUCCAUCUGGCUUCCUCUAAUUACUUACCAUCUGAGUGAUGCACAAGCCAUCCAUGAUGCUUAACUGAUACAUUUAUGUUGUGCAAAUACUAUGGGAGCAACUUUAUCUGUAAUGAAGCCGGGAGGGGUGAUUCGGGACUGUAGCAAUCGUUCCUGUGGCUGGCCAGUGUUAGUAGUCACAGCUUUCUGGCUGUUGCCCUCACAGUGUUGAUUAUUAUCCAGAAGAGGAUUGUAAAAGGUAUCAAGGCAGCACCUCUUGUGAGAUUUAAAAAAGGCACUCAAGGUUUCAAAAUGUUAUCUAGACAACUUUGUCUGUCUAACCUGGCUUCACCUAGCAAGUGGUGGUGCUGACUCUGCUUCUUUACUUGGUUCAGUUUGUGACAUUAAACCACCGGCACUAAUGGUAUAACUAUAGAAAAUGCUGCAUUCUGGUAUAUCUAGCUUAACAUCUAAAUAAAUAAAUAUAUAUAUAUACACACACACACACACACACACACACAGAACAAAAUUAUAAACGCAACACUUUUGUUUUUGCCCCCAUUUUUCAUGAGCUGAACUCAAAGAUCGAAUACUUUUUCUCUCAAAUAUUGUUCACAAAUCUGUCUAAAUCUGUGUUAGUGAGAACUUCUCCUUUGCUUAAAUAAUCCAUCCACCUCACAGGUGUGGCAUAUUAAGAUGCUGAUUAGACAUAGAGGGCCAUAUGAUGGGAAUUAAAUGAAGGCCCAGUAUGACCGCGUGUGAAGACAUUGGACCUGAAACAAGACCAGGUUAACAUUUACUCACAACCUUGCUAUAUUUGAGAAGUUUCAAUAUGCUAUAUAUGAAGGAUAUAUGAUAAACCUGAUAAAUUGAUAUAGGUGAACCGAAGGGCUUAAUGUGAGGUAAAGAUAAAUAUAAUGUACAUAAUGAGGGAUUGCAAUUACCCCAUGAUAUUGGCCAAAUGCAGGUCUUAAAGGACCACUAUAUGGUCAGGAACACAAACAUGUGUUAAAACCACCAUCUAACCCCUCAUGCCUCCAUAAAUAUAGCAAAAUCUUACUGUAUUCAAGCCUGAAGCUGUAACUCUGCAUGCUGUUUGCCUAAAAAACAAGCAGUCUGCUGACAUCAGCAGAAGUGGUGGCCUAAUCCAAUCACAAUGCUUCCCCAUAGGAUUAGCUGAGACUGACAAAGAGGCAGAUCAGGGGCAGAGCCAGCAUGAUUCAAACACAGCCCUGGCCAAUCAGUAUCUCCUCAUAGAGAUGAAUUGAAUCAAUUAAUAUCUAUGAGGAAAGUUCAGUGUCUGCAUGCAGAGGGAGGAGACACUGAAUGUUUGGAUGCAUUUUAGGAUCUCUAACAGCUAUCUGAGGAGUGGCUAGUGAAGUUAUCACAAGGCUGUAAUGUAAACACUGCAUUUUCUCUGAAAAGACCUUGUUUACAGCAAAAAGCCUGAAGGUAAUGAUUCUACUCACCAGAACAAAUUCAAAAAGCUGUAGUUGUUCUGGUGACUAUAGUGUCCCUUUAAGGAUAGGUAUUGUUUCGAUAAUAUGUAAUAUAAUUGGGUAGUAUGCAACCCCUGUAAGACAGAUGUAAUGCAAAUGAAAUGUCCAAAUGAGGUGCCAAGUUAGGACGUGGCAUGUUGCCCACUGUGGGGCAUAUGACCACACAUUGUAAAGGCCUAGUGAGGGCCAUGUGUUUAAUACCAGAAGGUGUCCCAAUUUGGUUUCUGAGACGCAGGAUGGUUGUGCAGCUGUGUUGGGAUUAAUGCAGGUGAAGGAUGGAUGUGAAUCAGAGAAUUGUUGUGCAGAAGUUGUAUGUAACCAAUACAUGUUGGUGAUGAGAAUCUGAGAAUUACAAAUAAUCAUCUAGUUUAUGAAAUGGCAAACAGAAUAGAAACCAUUUGUAAACACUUAUAAAGCAUCAUAGAAUACAUACCCACGGAGCCAAAUAAAACGGGGUGUCGGCAGACAGAAUCAAAAACGGGAACAAAGGCCCGUGCCUCUAGAAUGCCACAGUGGCUGAACUGGCUAGCGGCCGUGACGGCUGUACACAGUACAUAGGAAGAGACAGGAGAUAUAAGAUAUACAUGCGGAAUGCUUAGGAGAAUAAACACUUAUGCAUACACAACCAUGGGAGAAUCAGAUUGAAAGCAACAGCAAAUGCUAUAACAAUGGUAGAAUAUCUCAGUAAUAUCGACAUCAGCUAUAACUUCAUGCUUAAACUGAACAUGACUGAGGUUUACGUAAUGUAUUAUUUGUAGACCCUACAAAUAAGACCGUAAAAGUAAUCACAUUGCCUGAGCUGGCCUAAUAUGGCUAAAUAUGAUUGACACGUGUUCGUGCAAACGAUAAAACGGGCGGCCUAAAGUGGGCCGAAAUGUUAACCAUGUCUAAAAAGUGGAUGAGGUUGUACUGUAUUAGGAAAACCUGUGCGAUGGAAGGUGGGAAAUAGAUGUGCUUGAGUGGUCGAAUGAGGCCAUAGCAGAAAAUAAAUCAUAAAAUGCAGUUAUCAAAUUAAAAACCCAUACCAGGUGGUAGAAGUGAAGUCUUCAGUACAAAUUGACACCUCCAUAAUUAAACCCCCACCCUUCCCCCCCCCCAAUUAGCCCAACAGAGCCAAACUCAAGAGGCAGCAACUGCCCAGAGCACCCACCUUGCAAAGACUUCUCAUUUAACUGGACCAGGAAGUCAGAGAUUGGACAGCCACAGAAAGACAGGGGAGGGCAGGCAGAAGCAGCAGACAAGAGAACUGCAGAUUUUGCAAGCGGUUUUAAAUCAUACCCCUAUGAAAAAUUACAUAAAUGCAUGCAUGUUGUGAUUCGGGGCACAUCCACUAAUCAGGGAUUUCCACUUAGUUUAUAUUUGGGCAGCGGCACGUCCCUUCAAGUGCAUGCAGCAUUAAUAGAGAUCAUACAGAGAUGUAAGCAAUAGGCAAUACAAAAUGACCCUGGAAUAACCUAAAAUAGCAAACUCGUUAUUUGCAGAAAAAUAUGAAAGUAACUUCGGGCAAACGUGAGAAAUCAGGACAACAUUAGCGAGCCAGAAUUAGUUGAGGCUUAAAUAUGCAGGGAUGGCUUAGUACUUAGUAGGCAAUAACCGAACACAUAUCAAGCAGGCUGUUACAGUGAAACAAAUCCACUUUUUUUUUUAUUUUUUAUAGCCACAUGUACAGGGCCAAGUUUGGGCCUGACAUAAAUUUAGGCAGUCAGUUGCAACACCUAGCCACAUGAUUAAUAAGUAAUGUAGGUCCAAUGAGUGCCUGAAUACUCAGAGGGCGGACACAUAAAACAUUAAAAAUAGGGCGGCAACUGAAAUGCCUAUGAUACAUUUUAUUAGUUUGAGUUUGUUUAGUAAGCAUAUUUUUAGACAUUUAGCAGAUAUUCCCAUUUGAACAGGACGAAGAAUUUUUAAGUUUUAUUGUGUACAGAGAAUGUAUAUAAAAUUUUAUAUUUCUGUUUCCUCUACCACAUGUAUAGGCCCAAAUUCGGGCCUGACAUAAAUAAAGACUGUUGCAACACCUAGCCACAUAAAUACUAAACAAUGUAGUCCUAAUGAGUACAUGAAUACCCAGAGGGCAGACAAAUGAAACAUAAAGAGAAGGGUGACGACCGAAUUGCAUGAUAAAAGUCGAUAUGGCCAAAUACAGUAAGUAAAAGCAUGAACCUACUUGAAGCAUUGCUGUAAUGCUAUGUACGAUUGAAAUAGGCUGAAAUUGCAUUGGUAGUGAAACCCGCCAUAUCCGAAUGAACAAACUUACAGUUUUGUAGAGGAAAAAAAUAAAAUGUGUGAACAGUAACAGCCACGGCUGGGCCAGACACAGCGGUGCGCCAUGAGCUUCGAGGAAGGAGUGGGGUAGAAUGAAUACUCACGUGGGCCACACUAGGCCAAGACCAGCUUGUCUGGCGUUUCGGCAGUUUGUGUUGCUGUUCUUUGAACUGGAAGUAGAUGGAUCUGUACUGAACCAGACAGUCUCAGCCCAGAGGAAGGGGCCACCUGUGUAUUUAUAGCAAUAUCCCCUCCCACAACUACAGGCUCAGCCUUUUUCUAUAUAUUUAUUUAUUUAUAAUAGAUGAUUAUGGAACAAUUUUAUUUUUAAUGUGCUAUCUAUAAUUUGUAAUGCAUUAAAAAAUAGUGUCUGCUUUUUAUACCAUAGUUUCUGUUUUAACUCAAAAUAUUCAUAAUUUUUUAUUUAUUUAUUUUAAAUCUCACAGCCUCCACAAACCUUGACUUCAUCACACUACCCCGAGGAUGACCCAGAUUACUCUGUGUGGACACCACCUUCAGGUAAUGGCACAACGUAUAGACUUCAAAUGCAAUUACUUUUGUCCAGUCCAUUCCAGUGCUUCUAGUGAUAAUGAUAUGGGACCUACAGUGCAUGGGCCAGUGCUUCUCCAGUGGGCAUGCAUGAAGCUUUGGGUCCUUCUUUAAAAAUUACAAAAUGUAUUUCACAUUUUAAAAAAAGCAGAAACGGCAAUCAUCAUCAUCAUCUAGUGCUUUUCACCAAACAGCCAUUCAUAGAUUGCAUGGAAUUUGGAAAUCAUUGUGAGAACGUGCUCAUAUAUCUCGACUAACAAUACAUAGCAUCAUGAUUCAGUAUGGGCAGUGAUCCAUACUAUGUUAACGUGUAUAAUUAUGCAUUGCGAAUGUCUGCUAUUUAAAUAAGGACAGAUGUCCUCCUAUCUCAUAAUCAAAACGAAUGAUUAGAUGUAAACAGCAAUCUACACAUCCUCUGAGCAGCUCUCGGCAUUGUAAGCUUGCUACAUAUUUGCUUAAACAUUAUCGCACAGUUGUGUAUUUUUUAUCUUCCCUGAUACUGAACAGAAAAUGCGAGUAGUUUUUUUCUGAGUGUUUCUACAUGCAUGAAAUGCCAGUGCUUUUGAAGCAUACAUAGAUGGUAAUAUAGGCUGACAAAGAAUCCAAUUUGUACUGUAUAACUGCUGGUGCCUUUUCUUUUUGGUUUAAGCUUACUUGCCAAUGCUCGAUCUGUCUGGUUUUGGGCCCCAGUAAAAAACUGAAUCUUUUUCACAGAGUUGGGAGCUCCUUCAGGGUUAUUUGUUAAAAUUAAAAAUGUAAAAUUUCUAAAUUACAAGUACACUCCAUUGAAAAUUUGUUAAUUUGUUUUUGUUUGUUUUUUUGUUGUUUGUUUUACAAUUUAGUAGAUAUCUCCUCCCACCCCCCACAUACAUUCAUUUAUUGGGAGUGUAACUAAAAUAGCAAAAAGCUGCAAUCCUCUUGUCUGCAAACUUUGCCAGCCAUACGUUUUUUUUUUUUUUUUGCUGCUUCCCAAUGCUUCUCAACGAGCAGCUUGUUAAAAAAAGAAAGGGGGGAGGAGGAGGCAGGCCCCGCUACUUCCAUUAGUUCUGUAGAAAACCUUUCUGUCACCAGGGAAGUGAUUCUUCUACCAAAUAAAGUGUAGAUUUCUAUUAAAAUUGUCACUAUUAUUAACCCUUCAUAAAUGUGUCCGGGUUUCAGACACACAAAAACUCCUAUAAAGUGGCCUGAGUGCAUUCUCCCUGUCCUCUUAACACUGCAAUUUUUUUGAGAAACAUUACAUUGCAUCUAUUUGAUGUCAGUAUGGCAGUCACUUGAAGUGUUUCCACUGCACUUACAGAGUAAAAUUCUUUGAGAAGCCUUGGAUUGGACAACUGCGUCCUCUGUGACAUUGCCGGGGGAGAAGAACAAGGUGAAUAAAACUGGCUGGCAGACUAAUAUUACUUUAGACAGGGGCACUAUAGCGUUGGGAUUACACGUUUGUGUCCCUAUUGCUAUCAUAUUCCUUUGAGUGUGUUACAUGUCCCUUUAAUGCACAGUGAAUAGUAAGCCAUAAAAAGUUGAAUUGGGAACAUUCUGUAAAUCCUCUUUGCUUCCAGUUCUAUUUGGGGCUGAGAUUUAAAAUUUGUUUAGAGUUGACAUGACCUAAAAAGUCACGGUUUGACCUCAAUUUUUUGAAAUUGACAUAAUUGCCUAUUUACUGGAAUCUCAUGUCUUUGCUCUUAGGCCAAACAGGUGAUGGACGAACGCAUCUGAAUGAAAAAUAUGGUUACUGAAACCAAGAUCCGUCCUUAAAAACAAGCUGAUGGUGGCAACCCAAUAGAGCAACUGAAAAUGGUCAUGUUAUGCUGUGCUACCCGUGUCUGUUUGAGGGUUAAAGGAGCGAUUCUACGGGUUUGCUGUUUGCUUCCCAUAAGUAGUGUUCCUCUAGGGAGCGGUUUGCACAAACCACAUUUAUAUCAGGUAGCUCCUUAUUACUCCGUACUCUGAGCUCCAGGAAAGUGCUGGUAUACUAAAUGCCCUAUUUAAUUUAACCAGUAUUGACACUUACAAUCUGAAAGUCAUGUGCAAACAGCACAUUGCUGCAAAGUAUGUGUAGAAUAAUUCUCCUACCCUUCUAACCGAAGUAGAAUGGCCUCUGAGUCAUUCUCCCAUGCUCGCAAGAUGCAGUGCACGAGAUCGCUUAACAAAUGAAGAUCACAACAGAAUGAUUGUUUUAGGGACAAUAAGAUGCUUCGUGUCCCUAAUUGUCUUCUCCCAUAUCUUUGCCUUUAUGUCCACAUUUCUACAAAUAGUAUGGCCCUGCAUGACAACUGUAUGAUUGCUUCCUGAAAUAGAGUAAAAAUAGAGCCACACAGCAGGAAUACAUUUACUAAAGUCGAUACUUCUCAAACCAUGCAUUGGAUUGGACGAUUCUCUGACUGGUUUCCCCUCUACCAUAGGAUUUGUAUCAAGUACAGAAAAGAAGUUUAAACCCCCGUAUAACAUGUACAGAUAUCUGAUUUCUGGAUUUGAAGCCUGGCUGGUCCAAAGCUCAGUGGAGAACUUAUGCAUGUGAGCUGCUAAGAUCACGACAUAAUGGCUAUUGGGAAAGCUAAAAUAGUCAUCGCCAACUUACAUCAUAGCUGCAUUUUGAGCACCAGGUGUGCAUAUCAUCCCUUUGUUAACACGUCCCCCGGAUGCCUCCAUUGGCCUCCAAAGUACCUUACUCACAUCAUUCACAUUGAAUUAUUUCACACGUUUCGGAUUAAAUUGUUUUAUUGAAACCACAAGCUUUGUAAAGCAGAGCUUUUAUAAUAGGUUUGUAGUUUAUAUGCCAUAUAGAUCCCUUUACGACAUUAAGCUUGUUUUUGGUGUGAAUAUUUUUGUUGUGUUGAGUAUGUUUGUUUUCAUUAUUUUAGUUCUAUCGUGUAUAAUUCUGAUGCUAUAAAUACCUCUGUUUGUAGUCUUGUUUCUAAAAUAAGAUUAAAAAUACCAUGUGAAUGUGUG